AUGCUCUUCACCACCUACGUCCUUCUCAGCCUCAUUGGCCUUACCUCCACCCUCGCCUCCCCCGGCCCUCUCGCUGCUCGACAAGACGACGACCCUGCAUCUCACCCUCCUUCUGCCCAGGUCAUCAAGCCCAAGGACCAAGACAUGGAGUCAUUCAAGGCCGCGUACGCACAAUUCUUUGUCUCGCCUGAACUUAUCAUUGACAUUCAGAGGCUCAGUUUCGAAGACCUUUGUCCCCGAUUCUACGAAGACAGCGAGGAGACCGACAAGCCUAUUUGGGUCCGUACUGAAUUUUCCGCCGACUCAUUGUCCUCCGCAAAGAAGAGGUACGACCCCGAAGACGUCGCCACCGACUACGAGCUCCCCACUGCCGAGUAUCGGAAUGUCGGUAUUGACGUUGCCAUCGCGCUGGGAGGAGACGGCAUCAGUACUAUCAACGAGUAA